GGACGAUCAAAAUUGGGUGCAAAAACUUAUGGUUGCACUUAAAAUGGGACGGAGUGAGUAGUUUAUUUUGUAUAUUCUAGGUUAUAGCUUCUCAAAAUCUAGUUAAAAAUAUAAGCUGUUUAAGAGAGCUUUUGACACCUGAAGAUACUAAGUAGAAGGUACAGCUUGCAUAAACUCGCUCAAACAGGCUUUAAUCAACUUUGAGCCUUGAACGAAGGAGAAGCCAGUGACAUCCAUGGAUCAGGUGGACGUCGACGUACAGCAGCGGAAGGAUGGCUCGCCGCCGGCGGUGGCAGUGACGCUCCGGCCGCUCGGGCUGGCGGACGCCGACGACUUCAUGGCGUGGGCGUCGGACGAGCGCGUGAUGCGGUUCCUGAGGCGGCCGCUGUGCGCGGCGCGGGAGCAGGCCGUGGCGCAGAUCAGGGACACGGUGCUGGGCCACCCGUGGUUCCGCGCCAUCUGCGUCGACGACGACGACGCCGGCGCCGGCCGCCGCCCCGUCGGCCAGGUCUCCGUCUGGCCGUACGCCGACGAGGGCGGCCACAGGGCCAACCUCGGCUACGCCCUGUCGCACGGCCUCUGGGGCCGAGGCAUCGCCACCGCCGCCAUCACAAUGGUGGUGGCGAGGGUGUUCGACGAGCUGCCGGGGCUGGAGCGGCUGGAGGCGGUGACGGACGUGGAGAACGUGCGGUCGCAGAGGGCGCUCGAGAAGGCCGGGUUCAGGAAGGAGGGCGUGCUGCGCAGGUACAUCGUCCGCCGGAGCGGCGAGGUGAUGGACGCCGUCAUCUACAGCUUCUUGGCGUCCGAUCGACCGUCCGCCCAUGGCGCGACGCGAGGAGAAGCACCCAUUACAUUCUACGGGAAGUCUGUGUUAGUGUAGUAGUAAUCUGUUAAGAGGAUGAUUACCAUGGCUGUCAGAUGAUGUCUAGUUCUAUCAAUAUGCUCUAAUUAAACGGUUUGCAGCUAAAUUGGAGUGAGGAUAUACGUCUCUCACAGGCAUCAAAAUAAAAGAUGAACAACCGAUUUUUCGAUUUGUAAUUAAUUUGUUAAAAAUAACUAUUAUCCCCGCUUAAAUGUAUAACGUUGUUGAUUUUUGAGAUUAAUUGUGUUUGACUAUUCGUCUUAAUAAAAUAUACUUCAUCCGUCUCAAA